AUGGAUGAAGGGAGAGCAACCCCACCGCUGCAGGAGGCCUUCAGAGAAACGCAUCAAAGUCUGCUGGAGCAGAAGAAGUUCGACACAUUUCUUUCGGGAAGCACUUGCAUCGUUGUCCUCGUUGCCGGUGAAGCGAAUCAGAAGCGAAUUAUUGUUGCGAAUGCAGGCGAUUGUAGAUGUAUUGUAUGUACGGAAGGCUGGGGUGGAAAGCUCAUAACAACCCAAAUCUCAGUGGAUCAAAGUCCUGACCGGCCAGAUGAAAGGAAAAGGAUCGAGAAGAAUGGAGGGAUAGUCGGAAUGGUGGAUGUCACUCUGGAUAAACCGAAAGGAGCUGACCUGGGCCCGGCAAGAGUUUUCUGGCCCGACGGUUCAUGGGAGCCUCCCUUCGAUUCUUGCUUUCCUGGUUUAGCUAUGAGCCGAUCGUUGGGGGACAGCGUACUGGAUGAUCUAGGAGUGUUUCCAGAUCCAGAAGUGUACACGAGGGCAGUGAAACCCAAGGAUCGAUUUCUUGUCAUUGCUUCUGAUGGAGUUUGGCAAGUUAUGAGUAACGAAGAAGUCUCGGCUGUCGUCAACUCCUGCAAUGGUGAUGCUGAUCAAGCUUGUAAGGUAUGA